AAAUAAGUGGCUGUCUUCCAAACUAUUGUUCGCACAGGUAAAGUGUGUAGAUCGGAAUUGAAUGAAAACGAUUCAUUUUUCGAAAGCCAAUCGGAAUACUUUUCUAAACGAAUAUUUUAUUUCGUUUGCAGUCACUCCAAAAUAUUGCAAUUCUCUUGCAGCAGUAAUUAACGCGUUUUUCCAAUUAAUCCAAAUAUUCCGCUUUCAUUAUAAGGCCAUCAUUCUCUAUUUUCGAUUUCACAGAUUGUAAUCAGCCCUAUUCUGCAUUUCGAUUACGUUCCCGCUCUACGCUCCGUCUGAAUCGAAAGUAGGUAUUCUGAGUUACGAUUGGAUUGAAAGAAGAAGAGGAAGAGCUGUGGCUCUUUCGAAGUCAGCUGUGUGCCUUGAAACGUGUGAAAAUGAAACAUAACAAAGCAAAAAUACACAAAUUAUUGUUGAUUUAUUAAAAUAAAGAAAUUAUAUCGCGUUUUAUUUAAAAAACACUAACAUGGAAUCAGUAGCGGCAGCGAUAUUACUUGAGGAGGAGAGCAAUGCAUCCGAUAAUGCCGUGGCCAGAAUUGAAAGGAGAAGAUUAAGAGAUAUGUGCAAUCCUUUUGAAAUGAGUGCCGAAUUGUUCAAAAAAAACUUUAGACUCAACAAGGACGCUUUCAAGUACGUCCUAGGCAGUUUUGCGGAAGGAACUCGAGCAAGUACUUUGACGUCUUUAUCUCCGCUCAAUCGAAUAGUUGCUGCUUUGAGAUUUUUUGCGGAAGGCAGUUACCAACAUGGAGUUGGUACUGAUUACAACGUAGCAAUGGGUCAGUCAACAGUGUCAAAGUCACUAUCGAAUUUUCUCGAUGUCAUGGAAAGAAAGCUUUGCCGUGAGUGUAUAAAAUUUGAGCAGACCGACGAGGAAAAAAAACAAGCAAAACAGGAGUUUUAUGCGAAGGCAGGCUUCCCAGGAGUCAUAAUGUGCGUUGAUGGUACGCAUAUAAAAAUAAGAAAACCGUCUAAAGAGGGUUUUCUAUACUACAAUAGAAAAGGUUUUUACAGCAUCAAUGCUAUGGUGGUAUGCGAUAACAGAUUACGCAUAAAAAGCAUUGAUGCGCGGUAUCCAGGAUGCAAUGACGACUCACAUGUGUGGGGAUUGAGCAAGUUGAACUUUCAGAUGGAACGGCGAUAUCGCGAAGGCGAAAGAAAUACAGGCGAAAGAAAUACAUGGCUGUUAGGUAUUUAA